AUGAACGCAACAAAGAUGUACAUGGAGAUGGAAGAAGAGUAUGACCCUGCCAUGGAUAUGGAAGACGAAUAUGAUCCAGACCAGGUGUUAAAUGCUGCACCCAUUUGUCCACUUGUACAACUUCCUGCUGAGAUUUGCAAAGGUUUGUCCCCAGAAUAUUUCACUGCAGAACGCAAACUGUUCAUUCAGAAGAUGUUGCUCAAUGACAAAGGAACUCUGUUUGACCACCAAAGUCAACUGUUGGAUUUUAUCAGUGAGCAUCAAUCCAAAUCAUUUGUGUUGACCUAUGAAGCAUGCAUCGGGGCCGGAAAGACCGCAGCAACCCUGGCGCUGGCUGGUCUGUUGCAGAAAGGCCCCAAGCUGCUAUAUGCGUGUCCUGGUGAGCAGCGAACUGUUCGAGUGGAGCUUGGGCAGAUGUUCUUCAGCGCCACCACGACUAGUUGUGAUGUGCAUUUUGUUUUUGCCGACCUGCGACAGGGGCAGCUCAUCUUGAAAUACAAUGAGCAUGCUAUGAGAGCGCGGGUUGCAAGAGAGAAAUUCGAUGAGGACGUGAACCCAAUUGAUCAUCAUUCCAUCAUCUUGGCAUCAACUGAAGCAGCUGUGAGGAUCCUUACUGACAACCCCAGCACCCCUUUCCUCUUAUUCUUAGAUGAAUUCAUGACUUCAGCCGGGCACAAGGAGUCCCCAGCAUUUCAAAGCAACAUGAAGCUCAUCAACCUCAUGCUUACACGGCCUACCCCACAAGUAGUGCUUUCUUCAGCGACAUCCAUGGGCGAGCAAGCCAUGACAAUGUUCAAUCACAUGGGGCUCUUGACCAAAAGAAUUUUGAGUAGCAAGCACUGGACCAACUGGGACAUGUUUGUGAGCGGAUCGCAUCGUUGGCACUUACAUCGAGGUUGUCAGAUGCGAGCGCAAGUGCAGCAGCUGGAACUUUCCAUGGACAAGCCGCUCUUUGCACGGAUGGUGUCUGAAACCUCCGUGAUGGAUUUGAGGAAAGUUUUACCUGGCCUUGAGGAUAUGGUAGUUGACCCUUUGCACAAGAAGCAUGGACAUGAUUGGAGCCGCGAAUACCGAGUGAGCUUGCAAUGCCUACAGCAAGAAGAGGAGGGGGUGAUAGAAUACAUAUGUGAAGAACAGAGUUUGUCACCAUUUUCUUUGAGGACUGACUUGCAGGAAUGGAUUGACCUAGCCGGCAAGACCACAGUGCUGCUGGCAGUAAGCCAGGUGGAUGCGGCGUUCAGUAUCUUUAAGCCUGACCUCAAGCAUGUGCAAGGCAAGGUCAUGGGGCAGGACUCAUUUAAUGAAGCCUUCACCGAAAAUUUGCGCAAGGUGAACAUCAGCAAACUCUUUCGCAGCUGCUUUUUCAAAAAGGAACCGUUUCAUGCGGUUUGGAAAGAUUUGUCGGUGGACCCUGAAAACCAGCGCCGCCUGAAUUUGGCAAUCCUGCUGACAGGAGGCAUCGGUGUGUUUUCACAGGAGAUCAACGAAGAAUGGCAGGAGUAUGCUUGUUUUGUGUCAGAGCGUGCACGGCUGGGGCACUUGCACCUGCUGAUCGCAGAUGCCAGCAUUGCGCAUGGCGUGAACUUCGCCAUUUCCGGCGUGGUGUUGGCCAAAUCCUUUGUCGAAGAGCAGCCUGCCUCGACGGUGUUUCAACUCAUGGGUCGGGCCGGUAGAAGGGGCCUCAGCGACGAGGCCAAGAUAUUGACAUGUGAGUCCUGGAGGCAGAAAUUGAAAAGUUGCUUGCAGGAAGGGCAUGACUUGUUCGAGUUGGAUUCUAGCAACGUGUGUGAAGCGUUGGAGGCUAAACCCUUGGAUGGACUUGAAACCCUUGGGGCGGAUUUGAAAGAUGGCAGCCAAGAAGUCAAACAGAAACACCCACAUGGCGAGGAUUUGCAAAGACAAGGCCCGGAGUCAGAAGAGCAAGGGCAAAGCUGGUGGGAUAGUUUCGUUGAUUGCAUGAAGGAAGGCCUUGGUUGCUGUUGCAAGCGUGGCAGGUCUUAGGGGCAGAACGCCAAUGGAUGAUUUGAAGUGAAAUGAUCUGAUUCUGUUUGCCUCAAACGUCAGGCAACAUGUAAGAUUACAAUUCAAACCUGCGGACUGACAGAACAUACGCGAAAGUUUGCGAUGUUGCAGGUUGGC